AUCCAUCGGUGCGGUGUAUGGGUAGAAUACACUACAGCGCAGGUAAUUGUUACUCAUGAAAGAGUUCAGUAUUGACACCGAAUUCAUUGAAUCACAAUUGUUAUUUCCGUUUGGUUUCUCAUUCCGUUUCUCUUCUUCCUCGAAAUUUUCACUGUUUCUGAAAACCAGAAACCAGAUCAUCAACAAAAUUAUCACAAGCUGUUAAUUAAUUGUUCUUGGUUGGAAUCUGAUGGAUACCGAUGAGAGGCCUACUGGCCAAGUUGAACAACCUGCAAUAGAUGCUGGUGAUUGGAGAGCUGUCUUGCAGCCUGAUACUCGACAGCGAAUUGUCAAUAAAAUAGUGGAGACAUUAAAGAAACAUCUUCCAUAUUCUGGUCUAGAGGGAUUAGAACAACUCAGGAAAAUUGCAGUGCGGUUUGAGGACAAGAUUUAUGUUAUUGCUAAAAGCCAGUCAGAUUAUCUACGGAAAAUUUCUUUGAAGAUGCUCUCUAUGGAGGCCAAGUAUCAACGUCCUAUGUACAAUUCUUUACCACCCAGACAGCUUGGUCCAGAAGAUGCAAAGAAAGCAGAGUUGGAAGAACUUACAAGAGAAAUUAUGGAGCUUAUCUUAGAGCCGGAGGAAUUGUAUAAAGAUGUUGAAGUUGUUGUUUGUACUUCCUCAUCUAAUAUGGAAUUUAGAUGAUGUUUAUGUUUAUUUGGAGAAACUGGAUGGCGUUUGAAUGAUGUUUAUGUUUAUUUGGGAGAAUUCGGAUGAUGUUUAAUUAGAACUUUUAUACAUUUGUGCUUAUGUGAAGAAUAUUAAAAUUUAUUGUUGUGUUAA